AUAAUUAUUAAGCACUUAGAAAUACAACCAGCCUCGACUAAUAGUGAGAAGAACUAUUCCAUAGUGAUUCCUUUUCUGUUGAAACUACGAAAGAAGAUGCCGACAGUGGCAGCACUUGAAUCAGGCGGCGGCGGAGGGCAGGACUUUCCGGCAAAGCUGACGGGGCAGGUGCUGAUCUGCAGCAUCAUUGCAGCCUUCGGUGGUCUCAUGUUCGGUUAUGACAUCGGAAUUUCCGGGGGAGUGACGUCCAUGGACAGUUUCCUGAUGAAGUUCUUCCAUGAAGUCUACGAGAGGAAGCACGAGGUCAAGGAGAACAACUACUGCAAGUACGAUAAUGAGUACCUUCAGCUCUUCACGUCUUCCCUCUACCUGGCAGCAAUCGUGGCCAGCUUCGCAGCCUCAUUGUUCUGCAAGCGGUUCGGCCGCAAACCAACCAUUCAGGCUGCCUCCAUCUUCUUCCUUUUGGGUGCCAUCCUUGAUGCUGCGGCACUGAACAUUUACAUGCUCAUCGCCGGCAGGCUGUUCCUUGGUGCCGGAGUUGGUUUCGGGAAUCAGGCAGUUCCCCUUUUCAUAUCGGAGAUAGCCCCAGCAAGAUACAGGGGAGGCCUCAACAUAUGCUUCCAGCUCCUAAUCACUGUCGGGAUCCUCGUGGCGAAUGUCAUCAACUAUGGGACUUCCCAACUCCAAGAGUACGGUUGGCGCAUCUCUCUUGGUGGCGCUGCAGUCCCUGCCAUCAUUCUCCUCGUUGGCUCAUUCAUCAUUGUAGAGACCCCCACGAGCCUAAUCGAACGCGGGAAACUGGAGGCCGGCCUGAAGACUCUCCGGAGGAUCCGAGGGGUCCAUGACGUGGACAGGGAGUUCGAGGAGAUACUACAUGCCACGGAACUGGCAAAAAAGGUCGAGACAAACUCGUUCAGGAACUUGAUGAAGCGAUCCAGCCGACCUCAGCUCAUCUGCGGGACAAUCCUUCAGGUGUUCCAGCAGUUCACUGGCAUCAAUGUGAUCAUGUUCUAUGCACCCGUUCUGUUCCAGACCAUGGGCUUUGGGAGCAGCGCAUCGCUGCUAUCGGCAGUAGUAACGGGCCUAGUCAAUGUCAUCUCAACCUUGGUUGCAAUUUUUACGGUUGAUCGGUUUGGGCGAAGAGUGCUACUACUGGAAUCUGUAUUUCAGAUGCUCAUUGCUCAGAGCGUGAUGGGGGGAAUCCUGAUGAAGUUCUUACAGUCCACGAACGAGAUGCCCCAGAUCUAUGCGAAGAUCGUGGCGCUCCUAGUGUGUGUCUUUGUGGCAGGCUUUGCGUGGUCGUGGGGUCCGCUGGGGUGGCUGAUCCCGAGCGAGAUCUUCCCACUUGAGACCCGGAAUGCCGGGUUCUUCUUCGCAGUGAGCAUGAACAUGCUCUGCACCUUCCUCAUUGCUCAGGCCUUCCUCUCAAUGCUGUGCCGAAUGAGGUCCGGAAUCUUCUUCUUUUUCUCUGCCUGGAUCGUCCUGAUGGGCCUGUUCGCCGGCUUCUUUCUGCCGGAAACCAAGGGGAUUCCGAUCGAUGAGAUGAAUGAGCGGGCUUGGAAGAAGCACUGGUUCUGGAAGAGGUACUUCGAUGAGGAGGAGAGUCCAGCUCCAGCCCACUUGGAAUGGAAGGACACCAUGACCAGAAACUAGAGGGCGCUACCAAGUCAUCUAUAUAAUCUAAAUAGACAGCAAUACGCGUUAUAGGAUUUAUUUUUUGGGUCAAAUCCACCGUUACGUUGUUGUGCGUGCAUAUUUUUUCAUGUUUCUAGGAUUUAUUUCACGCAAAAUAGGUAGGUCUUUUUUUCAAUAUUCAUAUAGAUUCGGCUACAUAUGAAUGAGUACAUACAUUUGAUGGCACAAGAAAGAAAUUACUGCGCUGC